CCGUGGGGCGGAACAGCACUCAUCGACCCAGUUGAUUUCUAGGAACCGCCGACAGAGCUGACACACACACACAGCGCCGUGUUUCUCACCGAAGAACUGUCACUUUGAAUAGUUCCCGACGCUACCGUCACCUCGAUACACAAUGGGAGAGCGAGAGGACCUAGUUUAUCAGGCAAAGCUGGCCGAGCAGGCAGAGCGAUAUGACGAAAUGGUGGUGUCAAUGAAGGACGUGGCAGGCAUGGACGUAGAGCUCACAGUGGAGGAGAGGAACCUACUAUCAGUGGCCUACAAGAAUGUGAUUGGAGCUCGGAGAGCUUCCUGGAGGAUAAUCAGCAGUAUCGAACAGAGGGAAGAGAGCAAGGCCGGAGAAGAGAAAAUGAAGAUGAUUCGGGAAUACAGGCAAACGGUUGAGAACGAGCUGAAGUCAAUCUGUGGUGACAUUCUGGAUGCACUGGAAAGGCACCUACUCCCCUCUGCUGUCAUGGGAGAGUCUAAGGUCUUCUACAACAAAAUGAAGGGUGACUACCACAGGUAUCUGGCUGAGUUUGCCACUGGCAACAACAGAAAGGAAGCAGCAGAGAACAGCCUGGUGGCCUACAAAACUGCUACCGACCUAGCCACGUUGGAGCUGCCUCCCACGCACCCCAUCCGCCUCGGCCUCGCCCUCAACUUCUCCGUCUUCUACUACGAGAUCCUCAACUCACCCGACCGCGCUUGCAGGUUGGCAAAGGCUGCGUUUGAUGACGCCAUCACAGAACUGGACACACUGAGUGAAGACAGCUACAAGGACUCCACACUUAUCAUGCAGUUGUUACGUGACAACCUGACACUAUGGACUUCAGAUAUGCAGGGAGAGGAGUCCUAAAGGAAACAAACCUGACU